AUGACGUUGGUUCAAUUAAUGAUGAUGAUGAUCAUAUUAGUACUUGCUUUGGCCACCUCCAAAAGGGUCUUAGCAAGUGAUCCUGACAUUCUCUCUGAUUAUUUACUGCCUCAAAAUAGCUCAACUGUUAAUGCUACCUAUUUUACAUACACUGGAUUCCGCGAGAUAUUUGAUCAAACACCUGAAACCUUUAAGGCAACAAAAGCCAGUAUGGUGGAGUUCCCUGCUCUCAAUGGCCAGAGUGUGUCAUAUACAGUGCUUCAAUUCCCUCCAAGCACACUGUUCCCACCUCACACCCGCCCUGAUGCUACUGGACUUUUGUUCCUUCUUGCUGGUUCCUUAGAAGUCGGGUUCAUUGACACAAAAAAUGUCCUACACACUCAAAAGCUUCAGGCUGGAGAUAUAUUUAUAUUUCCCAAGGGUUUAAUCCAUUAUCAGUAUAACUCUGAUCCUCAGUUGCGAGCUACCGCCAUUGCAGCAUUUGGAAGUGCAAGUGCUAGAGCAGUUACAGUGCCACCUUCUGUUUUUACCUCGGGUGUCGACGAUGUCAUCCUUGCCAAAUCUUUCAAGACUGAUGUUGAUACCAUUAAGAAGAUUAAGGAUGGUCUCACUACUAGCUAA